AGUCUGCGGAUUCCCUUGACUUUGCCCUCCAAGAAGAGCACCGCCGCCGCCAGCACCUCUCGACAGGGCUUCAUUGACUUUGGCAGUUUGGAUGCCAUCUUUGGCACCAGCGAUCUCUCAGCUACCCUCUUUGAUGACUGGCUCGCUAACGAUCUUCAGCAGGUCGGCUUUAUGAGCCAGGACGAGUCCUUGUGCUCCUCCGAUUCAGACUCGAGCAGCAACAACAGCCCGCGUAUCUCGAAUGAGAGCGACUCGCCCGUCGUUGGGUUCGACUCGAUUGCCUCGGAUACUGAACUGAUCCAGUCGACGGAUCUUGAUGCUUCCAUGGCUCUCUUCCCCGAGGUCCAGCAGCCCUCGAACACUGGCCCCAUCUUUGGAUUCAGCGCUUCCGCCGCCGCCGCUGCCACGGCUACCCCUGCCGCGUCCAUGUUGCCAUUGACCCCUGAAGCCGUGCAACAGGCCGCCGCAGCAUUGAACAUACCCUGGAGCAAGUCCUUGGAGACUGCGGUCUUGGCCCAGUCGUUGUUGGCUUCCAUUCCCAUGGCUCUCCAGAUGCCAUUGAGACACGCAACUGCUCCGUUGAGCCCCAUUGCGCCUGCCACGCCCGCUGCCCAUGCACCUAUUCCUUCGCCCGUUAUGUCGCCCAGGCACACUGACCGCGCGAUGACGCCAAUCUCGCCAGCGACUCCUGCUGCCUCGGAGCGUGCUUCAUCCGCGACCCCCUCGGUUGCGCCUUCCACUCCUAGGUUGUCGCUCUCAAUCUUGAGUAGCACCCAGACGCCCGUCCCUGGAACGAACUCUGUCAAGGCCACGACCUACAAAAGCGCCUACCGCUCUGCGUCGCUUCCCCGCGGCAGCUUGAAGCGCGACCGGGCGUGUGAGGAGCCACCAUCGGUCUUGGAUGGCAAAGACCUUUCCGAAAUGGACGAGGUCGCGUUGAAGCGCGCCAAAAACACAGAUGCAGCCCGUCGUUCGCGUCAUAAGAAGUUGGUCAAGAUGGAGGGUUUGGAGCAACGAGUUGCCGAAUUGGAGGUCGAGAACUCGAUGUUCGAAGCCAAGUUGAACGAGGUUGAGUUGGAACGAUCGUUGUUGGCGGACAAAGAUCAAAUGCAACAGGCGCGCAUCCAAGAAUUGGAGAAGAUGCUCGCAUCAUUGAGGGAGAAGCUGUACUAGGUGCCCUUUCUUUACACAUGUCAUUAUUAUCAGUUCAUAUAUCCGUUUAUUGAAAGAAUAAAAAGAAAGUGAGAUAUAAAGCCUCAUGCCCAGGCAACUCGCGCAGGAAAAG